GUUGAAUUCACCCCUGACCAGAUUGAAGAAUUUAAGGAAGCAUUCUCACUCUUUGACCGGACUCCUAAAUCUGAGAUGAAAAUCACAUAUGCACAAUGUGGAGACGUCUUGAGAGCUUUGGGGCAGAAUCCCACCCAGGCUGAGGUCUUGAAAGUGCUUGGCAGGCCCAAACCAGAAGAGAUGAACUCCAAGAUGAUUGACUUUGAGACCUUCUUGCCCAUGCUCCAGCAUAUUGCUAAGACAAAAGAUACAGGCACCUAUGAAGACUUCGUGGAGGGUCUGCGUGUGUUUGACAAGGAGGGAAAUGGAACAGUGAUGGGAGCCGAACUUCGCCACGUUUUGGCUACACUGGGUGAGAGGCUGACUGAAGAGGAAGUUGAUAAGUUAAUGGCUGGUCAGGAAGAUGCCAAUGGCUGUAUCAACUAUGAAGCUUUUGUGAAGCAUAUCAUGGCUAACUGA